CAGAGAGGAAAUGAACUAGAGAGAAGGGGGAACAGGCCCAGAAGAGAGAGGAACGAAGGCAGAGGCAAUGGCAGUGGCAAGCUGAAGCGGCGAUGGUCAGGAUGGAGGCCGUGGCUUUGAAGCAGGGCUCCCUGCAUCUUCAGCAGCAGCAGACCUUCGGCAAGAAAUGGCGCCGGUUCACAGCCGUGUUAUAUGGAGAGUCUGGCUGUGCCUUAGCCAGACUGGAGCUCCAGGAUGGCCCAGAGAAGACACGUCGAGGAGAAGCCACUCGGAAGGUUGUCCGCCUCAGUGACUGCUUACGGGUAGCUGAGGUAGGCAGUGAGGCUGGCAGUCCCCGGGACACCAGCGCCUUCGUCCUGGAGACCAAGGAGCGUCUGUACCUGCUGGCAGCCCCUUCAGCAGAGCGCAGUGACUGGAUACAGGCCAUCUGCCUAUUGGCUUUCCCGGGGCAGAUGAAGGAGUCCUCAGGAUUGGAGGAAAAGAAUGACAGGCCCUGCAUGGAGGAGAAUGAAUUGUAUAGCAGCUCCACUACAGGGGUCUGCAAGGAAUAUGCUGUGACCAUGAGACCCACAGAAGCCAGUGAGCGGUGCAGGCUCCGAGGGCCCUAUACUCUCCGGGUCGGUGUGAGUGCCCUAGAGCUCUGGGGUGGCCCUGAGCCAGGCACACAGCUAUAUGACUGGCCCUACAGGUUUCUUCGGCGCUUUGGGCGUGACAAGGUGACUUUCUCCUUUGAGGCUGGCCGACGCUGUGUCUCUGGAGAGGGCAACUUUGAGUUCGAAACACGACAAGGCAACGAGAUCUUCCAAGCCCUAGAAAAGGCCAUUGCUGUCCAGAAGAAUGCUGCCCCUUCUGGGCCUCCACCUCUGCCAGCCACAGGGCCCAUGAUGCCCACUGUGCUGCCUCGGCCUGAAAGCCCCUACUCCCGGCCUCACGACUCUCUACCUUCUCCAUCCCCUGCCACAACAGUGCCUGGCAUAAGGCCGGGGGCCCUUGAGGGGGAGUAUGCCGUACCCUUUGAUACAGUGGCCUGCUCCCUGAGGAAGAACUUCAGGGGUAUCCUGACGGGUCCUCCUCUGCUCCAUCCUGACCCGCUAUAUGACAGCAUCCAGGAGGACCCUGUGGCCCCUCCAUCUGACCAUAUAUAUGAUGAGCCUGAGGGCAUGGCUGCCCUAUCCCUGUAUGAGAGACCACAGGAGCCUCCAGGGGAGGCAUGGAAGGAGCAGGCCACUGCUGAUAGGGGUCCCAACCCCCUCCAGCAAGACUCCUCUGUGCCUGGCUGGCCACAGGUAACGGAGUAUGACAAUGUCAUACUUAAAAAAGGCCCAAAGUAAGGGGGUAGCCAGGAGAUGGGAGACAGAGUUCCCAUGGAGGUCUUUGGAAGCUAAGGAGGAGAAAUGGGGGCUUCUGAUAGAGUCCUUUUGCUCACUGCCCCUUCCUGAGUUCCAGGCUGAGCCUGCCUUGUUUGUGUAGUGUGUGAGUCAACAGCCUAGAGCAGGAAGAGGGCCCUAGAGGGACACACCCUCCUCCUACGAAUUUUCCACUUCCUCCCCAUGCCUUGGGUCUAAAGGGAACUAGGGCCAUUUCUGUUAGGAGGCAACAGGAUUUCCACAGAUGCACUGGUUCCUUGGCUUGUGCAGUCUCCCUGACUACAUGUGUUUCCUUCUUGGGACAACCCUGGCUUCUGGUUAGCAACAAGGGUGGCUAUUGUCCUUCUAGAUCCCAGAGUUUUCUAGUCAUUAAACCAUUUUUGAGCUA